AUGGCCACCAUUGCAGACAGAAUCAAGGAUAGGAUCCUGCGAAGAACCAAUACUGGACGCAUAACUCGCAAUCGAUCUGACCAGAAGCAGCAACCUCUAUCACACAUAGUACAAAACGCCCGUAAUCGGCUAAAUCCAAAGAAAAAGGGCACAGUCGGUGACGAUGAAGACGACAACGAAGACGAAGACGGCAGUGGAGAUGACAAUCACCAAGAUGGCAGCAAUCCACCCUUCUCAAAGAAACCCGUGGCAUUGAGAAGAUGCGAUUUCUGUAUGCGUGAUCCCAUUGGCAAACAAAUGUGCAAGCAAAGAUACUGCGACUACACAAAAGGGUGGAAAGGAAACUUCAUCGAAUGCUCCAACUGCGCUGACUAUCGUUCACAGAAUCCCGGCUCUGGCCACAGAUGCAAGCCUCCUCAGAUAAAUAAUGUCUGGCGCAAGUACGGCGUUGCCGAUCCCAUGGACUACCGGCCACCAACCUGCGAUCAAUGCCUCAACACCAAGAUGGUCAAUCAAUGCAACGUUGAUUCGACUCUUGGCUAUGGCUGCACGUUGACAAAAGCCUGCAGAGACGGCAAGUGUACGGUGAACGGCCAAGAGAUGGAAGCUCGGCCCAAUUCUCGAAUUGACGCUGCUCGAUGGAUCCGCGCAGAGUGCCAUGUCUGCCAGAACAAGACGAAGAAGGGCGCCACUGUGGGAUGCAGUUGGCUCAGAGAUCGUUCAACCUGGGACCAGGCUUGCUCAUACUGCCAGUCUAACAACCUGACGUGUCUCAGCGGUGGCCGAGUUGUUGCCAAUCCGCAGAGGCUGACUCUACCAAGGACGUGGGCCGUCAAUCUCCAAGUCUUUGACAAGGGCUUUGUCGAGUGUAGGAGAAUCAACCCGGAACGUCGCUAUUGCAAGAGAUGCUGGGAAGACGAUCACGAACACUGCCGCGCCGAUGCCAGCUCGUACUUUUACAGCUGCAAUCGCUGUACUCAACUGGGUGUUGACUGUAUCGACGCCGGGGACGACACGUCCUAUCCUCUCUUUGAUCUGGCCAGGGUUGGUAUUGGAGGCUUCUUGCCCUUUGUGGAAUGCAAGUGCUGCAGAGAAGCAGGACGAAACUGCGAUCUUCAGCGGCCGUGCGAUUCGUGCGUCAAGCAUGGCGAUGAGUGUGAUGCUUGGGUAGGAGACACGGUCAAACAUUGCAUCAAAGGGCGGUUGGAUCCUCCCCCUGGACCUCUUUAUUAUCUCGCCCUGGGAUACGGUGCUGGCGGAGUUGAUGAUCCCAAAGAUGGAUCAGCCAUCGAGCACUGGGUAGGUCCAGCCACAAACAUCUACGGCAUCCCCGAGAACCAGAACAGAAACUUCAUCGCCACGAUGGGCGUUCAGCUGCGGUCUAUUCUGAGCCCGCCGGGAGCGCCGCCUCAUGGAGAUGCAGCUCAGGGAGGGCGUGUAAGUGGCCGAGCAAGUGAAAUCACUCGAGAGCAGAUUGCAGCCUGGAUCAAGGAUCGCUGGCCUCAGGCAGUUCCAAUGGACCAGCUUGGACACUAUCGAGAGCGAGUAGAGGCUGUGCGGCAGAAGAUGCAGGAUAUUCGGGAUGGGAAGAUUGUGUCGGCGCUCUUUUCUGAUUUCCCGAACCAUGGCGGUGGUGACGAAGAACAUGAUGAAGCUGAUCCUAACCGUGGUAUAAAUGCUCAUGGUAAUAGCGGCGAUGUCACGACUUCGGAUCCAGCUCCUCUCAUUUUCGAUACCAGCGCCCCUGGCUGGCUCUCAGAGUUUAUAAACUCGGACAUGAUUGACGAUGGAGUCGCUUCGCCUCCCUUUGAAUGUCCCACGUUGCUCACACAGAGCAUGUUUGACUUUGAUGCUGCAGCUCCUUCCAGCCAGAUGCCCGCACACUUGCAAUUUAGCCCGUUUGAAGUUUCCCAAAUAGAUCCCAGUCUUUUCCUGGUGGAUAGAGAUGAAGAUUUGGAUACGUCUAUGCAAAUUGACUUCCUGCCACUUGAAGCCUCAUCAGCACUAGAAGAUAUAGAAUAUAUCGAUCAUAAUCCGCUUAGCAUCUUACAAGAAGAAGCCAUGUUUAUGCCGCGACUGAAGCCAAGCAUACCCACUCCGUACAGCUUCGUCCUGGGUGGUCCAAAACAGCCUGACUCCCCCUUUUGCAAUUUCCUCAGCCUCAUCCCAGAGGACGUCAAGCCCUUUACGCCAGGCGGCGAUGAGACUUGCUCCGAAAAAAGAGCCAACGGCAAAUGCAACAAACCCGCUGCUCUAGACUCAAUUUGCCAAUGUCUGCUGCAUGGAGACGACUCGCCACACGUUUGCAAUGUCUGCUGCAACUUGAGCGCGCAAAAGUUAACAGACCAUCUGAUCGCCAGCACGGAAGUGUCUGCAAUGCGCGCAUAUCUCUGCGCCGACUGCACCGCCCAAGUGAGCGAGAGCGUCGGUGAAGUCUUGCGGCGCAGAAUCGUCGGCGCGGUCAACAUCUGGGGCGACUGCAACGACAGCUACUACACCAAGACGGAGCUCGAGCUCGAGACGUCCCUUGGCAGGAUCUACUUCAGGGGCCAGGCCAUGCCCCUGACGGGAUGCGCGUGCGCGACGAAGCUGUUUGCUCAGCGGCUCUGUGCGAGGCAUCGCCGUCGGUUUGGCCAUUUGGUCGUGGGCCAGGUUGCGAAGAUGCGCGAGUGGUGCUUGCAGACAUUUGGCCGCAACAUCUGUCCAAGCUGUCUUAUUGAUAAACCGCCUCAUGAGGCGAACUCGUCGAUGAGUCCGGAACAGGCUGAGGCUGGAAAUGGUCCGAAGGCGUGGGUGUGCCUUGCCUGUGGCGGUUGGGUUGUGAAUCAGGAAGAGGGAGGGCUUGUGCCGGGUUGGCAGCAAUGGGACAUGUGUCAGGUGGAGAUGGAUGAGAAAGAGGAAGAUGAGAUUGGGAUACAUGGGUAA